AACAAAGGCACGUGAUUCCUGAACGCUCUCCCAUAUUUGGCCGCAUACCUGGCAAAGUACAGUAGGGCUUCAUUGCUAUAAUUCAUGAUUGCAUCAUAAAUCGUGCAAGCACAGGAUUAUAGCGACAAAGAUCUACAAAUCGGGGCUUUAAAAACCAAGCAAAUGAGCUCUUACUUUGUAAACUCGUUCUCAGGGCGCUAUCCAAAUGGCUCCGACUAUCAGUUACUAAAUUAUGGGACUAACGGCGCUGUGAACGGUUCGUUCAGAGACCCUGGCACCAUGCACUCUGGGUCUUUCGGCUACAACUACAAUGGCAUGGACCUAACCGUCAAUCGCACCAACACGAGCAACCACUUCGGGGCGGUGGGAGAGGAUACCCGCGGAUUCGGUGGACAGGACGCACGGUACAGACAGCCCCACUGCUCCCUUUCCUCCCCCGAACCGGUGGCGUGCGCGGCGGCCAACCGCGAGCCUUUGGAACUAAAAAGCCCCUCGCCUCCGUCUGACCGGAACGCGACCAACUCCUCGGCGGGCAACAACCUCAACAAAAGCAACAGUAUCAACACUCAUUUCGCAGAGAUCGAGGACAGCGGCGUCCCCUCGGAGAGCGAGGAGGGCGCGCACACCAGCACUUCCAGCAGCACAGCGCCGAGAGCCCAGCAGCAGCACCAGGAGCCCAGCGCCACCUCCUCGAACCCGGCCUCAAACGAUUGUCAAACGCCACAAAUAUUCCCCUGGAUGAGGAAGCUGCACAUAAGCCACGAUAUGACCGGACCCGAUGGGAAAAGGGCCCGAACCGCGUACACCCGCUACCAGACGCUGGAGCUGGAGAAAGAGUUCCACUUCAAUAGGUACCUGACCAGGCGGCGGAGGAUAGAGAUAGCUCACACACUGUGUCUCUCGGAACGACAGAUCAAAAUCUGGUUCCAGAACCGCAGGAUGAAAUGGAAGAAGGACAAUAAGCUGAAAAGCAUGAGCCUCGUGACGGGAGGGAGCGCUUUCCACAACUGAGUUUUCCCCCCUACAAUAAACUCGGGAAUAAUAUUUGGGCGUUUAGUGGGGAAGAAGAGAAAAAAAAAGGAAAAAUGUCCAUGAGUACUGUAAAAGCUAUUAAAAGGAAAAAAGCGCAGCACCUUUCAGCAUGCAAUUGUAAUUGACAUAAAGUAUUCCGUGGUGUUGACAUACCAUUUUAGUUUACUGUUGUUGUACUAGCUCUAGUUGUCUUUAUUUGAAUAUAUUGAGAAAUGUAAAUAUUGCCGAGGGGUCUUGUUGUCCAUGCUCUUUGCGUUCUGGAGGAUUGCCAUGCCGACUGAGUCUCUGUGUUGUGUCACUUCUCGGGUGAAUUCAGUGUACAGUUGAAACAUUUCAAAUGCUGCUCUUCGUUUCUAACCCUGGUGUAUAAUGGGGCUAUUCAAAGCGCUUUAGUCUAAGUUUUAUUGCAAUAUCGAUGAUUAUCUUGUGGCCAGUCAAUACCUUUCAUAAAUAAGCCAAUGUGUAGCUGUAGGAUCAUUUGUGCAUCUGUUGUUUUAGGACUAAUUAUGAGAAAUGUAAACGUUCAACCUGUCAAUGUGAUGCAUUGUAUUUGUGCAAAGGGUUAUUCUGUGGAUAGGCGGUGAUGUGACAUUUUUUUUCUUUGCCAAUUUCGUAUAUUUAAGUGAACUCAUAGCGCUUGAAAUAAAGUUUCUCUUAAAUGCUGUAUAUGUGUUGGAAUACUCCAUUAUUCAGUAGACUAACAUAAAUAGACCCACAUUAUUUCCGCUUUCAUAUGACCAACAGGAAUCAUUUUAGUAAUUUCACUCAGGCUUGCAGGCCCGCAUCGCUAUUCUUUUUUUUUCAUUUUCAAUGACAACCGACCAGAAUUGUUAAGC